GCCGCUGCUCGCGCGCUGCUGCCCCAUCCACAUUGCUCUCUCGCAGUCGCCGGCUCGCGCGCCUUCAAAGCCAACAAUGCACCAGUGAUGCAUUGUUGGUGCGUCCUGCUGGUGGUGGUGGUGAGCGGAGGCUUCGGUGCGGCCUUCCAGGACCUCCAGCAGCACCACGUCCAGCGUCUCAAGAAGAAGCUGCUCGCCGGACUCGGCUUCAAUAAUCAGCCGGACAUUUCUAAGAUGAACGUGAGCCGCGAGGAGUACGAGCGCAUGUACCGCGUGUAUUUGCAAAGCGUUGAGAUGCAAAGACUGCAAGAAGAGGACGAAGAGGCCCAGCAGGCCCUGCCUCAAACCUUCCACAGCAUUCAAAAUGAGCCGAGCAGUGCUCCAAACUCGAUGAAUGGAGUGUUGUCUCAUGACGUGGACAGCUGGUGGCUGUACUUCCCGGUGCACAGAGAGCUCGACUCAAGCCGCGAACUGGACACAGCGGUGGUGCGUGUGUUCGUGCAGCAGCACAGGCACCGGCCGAGGCGGAAGGCGGUGCCGCUGGUGCUCAGGGUGUUCCAGCUGCUUCCGGACGGCGAGCAAUUGAUGCUCGACGAACGCCGCCUCGACCCCGCCGGCGGCGACCGCUGGGUCCAGCUGGACGCCGUCCGGGCCGUCGACACUUGGCUCGACGAGCCGGAUUCCAACCUCGGAUUGAAAAUCCAGUGCAAAGGCUGCAGGCUCAACGGGGCCGACAUUGAUACUCAGGAGAAGCCCCCAAACAGCUUGGAUGGUGCAGUUCUCAACGUUCUCACCUCCCCAUUCGCCUCGUCCCACGCAAGACAAAAAAGGGCGGCGUGGGAACCGAUGAGUGAUCGCAGGACCCAGUGCAAAAACACCAAGAACAAAUGCUGCAGGCACAGCAUGGAGGUGGUGUUCAAGGACUUCGAAGACUUCCAGUACGUGGUGCAGCCGGCCAAGUACGACGCGGGCGUGUGCAGGGGUCGGUGCCCGGCGAGCUACAACCCGUCGUCGCACCACGCGCUGAUCCAGGGCCUCCUGUGGCGCAAAGACAGGUCGCGGGCGCCGCGGCCCUGCUGCACGCCGCACAAGCUCAAGAGUCUGCAGAUGCUGGUGCUGGACCCGAAGGACCACACCAAGCUGAUGGUGGUCGACUUCAAGGACAUGGAGGUGGUCAACUGCGCCUGCAGCUAAACGCGCGCACCCAAGACUGACACGAACACAAAUAAUACAAACAAGCAAAGACUCGCGAGAGUGAUAACCAAAAAUCUUGUUCCGUAGAGCUUCUGUGCGCGGAUACGUCUCUCCUAGCGUUAAGUGUACUCUCUAUCUCACGUGCUGUGUGCAUCAUAUCUCGGUGGCUCUUUUAGCGCAUUAAAAUUCAAACACCGACUUUCUACCUCCGAACACGAACAAAUGUUUCUCGCGGCUUAAAUCCAUCUGAAACUAAUUUUUCCUGGAUUGAUAUUAAUUGUAAAUGCAUUGUUCUUUUGAGCGACGGAUUUAAGCUAUUGAAAUGUUUCUUUUUUCGCUCUUGAAAUUCGUUUCGCAAUCAAAAAAAGAUUGUAUGUGGGCCAUCGACACAUUUAAAAUUGACUAUUUCGUCGUGACGCAUUUCUGCAAGUAGCAAGGUCUGAACGAACAUUUUAGAGUUGUAAGCUCUCGUUUCUAGAUGUAAGGCGACUUAGAUCUUGAUCAUAUCACUAUGAGCAUCUACCAAUGCAAGCAAUAAAAAAACUGUGUAAUAAUUUCAUACGCGUGCGUGAUAAAUAUUUCGUGAUUAGUUCGCUCGAGUGCAUUUUGGUUUAAAUGAAUAUAUUUAUUGAAUAUACUGCAGAGUUACUGUGUGUUACGUUCAUUACGUGUUUAAGUUGUCAACUCAGGGAAGUUGAAAAUCCCUUUUUAUUAUUUAUAUAAAAUGAAUAAAUUGAAACUUUUCAGAUCCUAU